ACGAUAAUUCAUAAAAUGAUUAAUGUUUUCCUUGGAACAUCGGAGGCGAUUAAAUCUUUUUUGUAUCAUCACAUCCAUUUUACGGUAUUCUUUUUCCGUCUACUAAUCUGAUCUAUCUGUUCGAAUCGAGCAAUCGUAUGGAAGUGGUGUUUGUCUCAACGAGGACGGAAUCUGAGAUACGCUUUUGAUCGGAAUUGAAACCCCGAUCUAAGCCCGGUGAGCUCCGGUGGAUAUUUUCCGGUGAUCCUUCGUUCGUGGAGAUGGCGGGCCAGAGUCCCAACAUGGAUCAAUUCGAGGCGUACUUCAGGAGAGCGGAUUUGGAUGGAGAUGGUAGGAUCAGUGGAGCCGAAGCUGUCGGAUUCUUUCAGGGAUCUGGCUUGCCUAAGCAAGUCCUUGCCCAGAUAUGGUCAUAUGCAGAUCGGUCGCACAUCGGUUUCCUUGGCCGGCAAGAGUUUUUUAAUGCUCUGAGACUUGUAACUGUAGCACAGAGCAAGCGAGAUCUGACACCUGAGAUAGUCAAUGCUGCGCUCAAUACUCCUGCUGCAGCCAAAAUUCCUCCUCCCAAAAUUAAUCUUUCAGCCAUUCCUGGACAACAACCUAAUCCUGUUUCAGCUGGACCCCAGAUCCGUCCAGUUUCCUCUACACCUACCCAAAGUUUGGGGUUUAGAGGGCCAGGUGCUGCAAAUGCAAGCGUCAAUCAAAACUAUUUCUCACCUCAACAAAACCAGAUGAUGAGACCAGCCCAAGGAAUGCCAGGUCUGAGUAUGCCCCGACCAACUCCCGGCCCUGCUGGUCCAGAAUAUAGGGCUAGUCCUGUGCCAGGUCAACUUCAAGUGCUACCUGGAGGAACUGUCUCGCGUCCUCCGCAGUCUGUUUCGACAGGUGUAUCUGUUUCAAACAUCUCAAGUGAUUGGUACGCUGGAAAAACUGGCGGGCACUCAUCAGGCUUUGGAGGGGUCAGCUUAGCAGGACCUUCUGCUGUCUCAAAACCUGAGUUGCCUAUUACUACAUCCUUGCAGCCUACAGCUACUGAUUCGAAAGCAUUGGUUACCUCUGGGAAUGGAACCACUUCCAGCUCUGGUUUUGGUGGUGACAUGUUUUCUGCGACACCCUUUCAGCAAAAGCAAGAAUUGCUGGCCAGUUAUUCCACAAACAGCUCAGCUAUUGUUCCUGCUUCUGCACAAGCUCAUUCUUCACCCAAGCCUAGUGCUCUUGACUCCCUGCAGAGUAAUUUCUCAAUGCUGCCUGCAGGAAACCAGCCUCAGCACCCAAGGCCAGCAGCAACCUCGCAGCUUAUCAUGUCUUCACAAGGCCCGUCUUCCGUUUUGCCACCUGGAAAUUCUGUUGGAUCUACUACCCAUUCAACUCCUGCUGGAAAUUCUCUUCCACCGUGGCCAAAGAUGAAACCAUCAGAUGUUCAGAAAUACACAAAGGUAUUUAAGGAAGUAGAUAGUGAUAAAGAUGGAAAAAUUACUGGUGAGCAGGCAAGGAACCUGUUUUUAAGCUGGAGGCUACCCAGAGAGGUAUUGAAGCUUGUGUGGGAAUUAUCGGAUCAGGAUAAUGAUACAAUGCUUUCUCUGAGGGAGUUUUGCAUUGCAUUGUAUUUGAUGGAGCGGUACAGGGAAGGUCGUCCUCUCCCAGCAGCACUUCCUCAGAGUGUCAUGUUUGAUGAGACACUGCUGUCUAUUUCUGGUCCACCUAGCCUUUCUUAUGGAAAUGCUGGAUGGGGAUCUGGUCAAGGUUUUGUGCAGCAGCCGGGGAUGGUUGCACGACCAAUCACCCCACAAACCGGUAUGAGGCCGCCAGUUCCUGGACCUGCCCCUCACCCUGGCAGUGGAAUCACAUCUAAUCAGGGAAGGACCCAAGUGCCAGAUUUGGGGGAUCCUUUUGCUAAUCACCUUGGGGAAGGAAAUUCUGUGAGCGCAAAGCUUCCGGAAGUGACAACAGAAGAGGAAAAGGUUGAUGGAAACCAGAAUCUCAUUAUGGACUCAAGGGAGAAACUUGAAUACUACCGCUCAAAAAUGCAGGAUAUUGUCCUGUACAAAAGCAGGUGUGACAAUAGACUAAAUGAGAUCACUGAAAGGGCUUCUGCUGACAAGCGUGAGGCUGAAACAUUGGGAAAGAAAUAUGAGGAGAAGUACAAGCAAGUUGCUGAGAUAGGAUCGAAAUUGACUAUUGAAGAGGCCAGAUUCCGUGAGAUUCAGGAGAGGAAGACGGAGUUGCAUCAAGCAAUUAUAAAUAUGGAGCAAGGUGGCAGUGCUGAUGGUCUUCUUCAGGUACGGGCUGAUAGAAUACAAUCCGAUCUUGAGGAGCUCAUGAAGGCUUUAUCUGCACGAUGCAAGAAACAUGGAUUGGAUAUAGAGUCAAAGGCACUUGUAGAACUUCCAGCGGGCUGGCAACCUGGGAUUCAAGAGGGAGCAGCUCUUUGGGAUGAAGAAUGGGAUAAGUUUGAAGAUGAAGGGUUUGGCAAUGAGCUCACUUUUGACAAAUCCAAACAGCAAGAAAACGGCUCCCUCGAUGAUGGCAGUGUAUCCCCUGAUUCAUCCUCUCAUUUGAAUGCUAAGGAUGGAAUUUUCUCAGAACCCACUGAACGUCACCUUGAAGGUGAAUAUGCGACCACUCUUAGUGAUGACGAAGCGGCAAGAAGUCCUAGAAGCAGUCCUGGUGCGAGGACUGCCAUUGAAACGUCAUCUCCUGAGUAUUCUCAUGGAAAGAGUGCUGAAUCUGACAGGUUCUUUGAUGACUCGAAUUGGGCUAGCGCAUUUGACACUAACGAUGAUGUGGAUUCGGUCUGGGGAUUUGAUGCAUCAAAAAGCCAGCAGGAUGGAGAUUUCUUGGGGUCGAGUAGAAGCUUUGACGUUAACCCAGGAAGAGCUGAUUCUCCAAGCUCGGGAAGGGCCUCUCAGAGAAAAAGUCCGUUUGCAUUCGAUGAUUCAGUUCCUGGCACUCCACUCUCAAGAUUCGGGAACUCUCCGCCGAGAUUCAGCAAUGCAUCCGUGAGAGAUAACCUCGAGGGCUUCUCCCGAUUCGAUUCCUUCAACACAACUGACAUGGGUUUCUCGUCCCAACCGGAGAGACUCUCGAGGUUCGAUUCCAUGAGCAGUUCCAAGGACUUUGGAGGGGCUUUCUCGAGAUUUGACUCCAUGAGCAGCUCCAGAGACUUUGGGGGAGACAAAUUCUCGAGGUCAGAUUCUGUAAACAGCAGCCGAGACUUUGGAGGGCCGUCGCUUUCGAGAUUCGACUCGAUAAACAGCACGAAGGAUUUCGGUGGAAGCCAUGGGUACUCCUUCGACGAUGCAGACCCCUUUGGCUCAUCAGGUCCUUUCAGAGUCUCCUCGGAUGAUAAGAGCCCAAGGAAAAGGUCAGAUAAUUGGAAUUCCUUCUGAGUAUCAUCUGAAAAUUUCCUGUUUUAAAAAAUGAAAAUGAAAAAUUCCAUUUUAUUAUUAUUAUUAUUAUUCUUUUUUUUUUUUCUCUUUCUCGGCAUUGCGAUUUGAGCAUGGGUUUGAGGAGACUAGUUUUAGACUAUUUGUAAAGUAUGUCUUUGCAUCCUUGUGUUGUUGGGGUUUUAUUAUUCUGUAUUUCUGAUGAUUUCUUUUUUUAAUUUGUGUUUUCUGUUGAAGAAACGCCAACCUUGUUGACAAGUGGAAUGCAACAAUGUUUUGCCUUUUGUUUUAGUUCCUUGCAUCCUAAGUUA